AUGUCCGAAGCGGAAGAGAAAGAACGCCUCGCACGCGAAGACGCCGAACAGGCCCAGCUGCCCUACAAAUGGACGCAAACCAUCCGUGAUCUGGACGUGACGAUCCCCGUCGCGGGGAACCUGAGGGGAAGAGAUCUGGACGUCACCCUCACCAAAACCAAAAUCAAGGUUGCCGUGAAGGGACAGCCUGCAAUCAUCGAGGGCGACUUCCCCCACGCAAUCCACGUCGACGAGUCGAGCUGGACCCUCGAAACAACCACCAACCCCCCGGGUAAAGAAGUGAGCGUACACCUGGACAAAGUCAAUCAGAUGGAAUGGUGGGCGCAUGUGGUGACCACCGCGCCGAAGCGGGAUGUGUCGAAGAUGACGCCCGAGAACUCGAGUCUGGGCGAUCUCGACGGCGAGACGAGGGCAAUGGUCGAGAAGAUGAUGUAUGAUCAGCGGCAGAAGGAGAUGGGGGCCCCCACGAGCGAUGAGCAGAAGAAGUUGGACAUUCUCAAGAAGUUUCAAAAGGAUCAUCCUGAGAUGGACUUUUCGAAUGCGAAGAUCGGGUAGUCGGAAAUAAUAAAGCCAUAAAAUUCCAUCUUCUC